AGGUGUUUGGAGGUUCAUUUGUGAUUAUUUUAUAUUUUUAGACACUUAUUUAAUUUUAAUUUAAUCUUUUGUUUGCAAGUCGUUUUUAGCUGAAAUAAAAUCAGGAGGAACACUCUUCUAAAACUUUCCUACCAGUUACUUCAGCUUCACGAUAUGUCAGCGGUUAAAUCCGGUUUGCGGGCCAUUGUUCUGACCCCGGAGCGGAUCCCCAGCUUCCUCAUCCCAUCUCGCGGUUCUUUCCUGGCCUCGCCUCGGCUCCACCGGGGCUCCAGCGACCGGACCAGGCUCCUGUCAGACACCGAUUCAACGGACACCAGCCCGCCUGUGAGCCCCGGCCAGGUGGCCUCUCCUCGGGGUCUSCUUCGCCUGCCCGCGCCGCCGCGGAUGGGACGUCUGCGCCGCGCUGCCGCCGCGGCGGAGGAAGCGGACGACGCGGCCAUGUCUCUGCAGCACGUGCCGAAGGUGACCACACCGUACGGCUUCCGGGGGCUGGCCGCUAGUCCGUGCACGAGCCGGCGAGAGUCCCUGUUCCACCGGUGCAAACCCGUGAAACUGACGGUCACCGACGCUCAGGAGGACCCAGAGGGUACGCCCCAUGUUCCGUCGGCUCCUGGCGGGUCCCGGGUCAGCUACCGGCCCGUCAGGGCUCUGGGUCAGCAGAUGUUGAAGGAGCUGAAGAAACCUGCGGCUGCUCUGAGGGCUCUGAGCCCCUCACACCGGGCCACCUCACCCCGUUAACUGCGGAACCAGGCAUCGAUUUUAAUUGUUGUGUAAUGUUUUUUAAUAAAGUUGAUUUAUUUGGUGAAA